AUGGCAUUCUCACUACACCCACUCAUCGACAAUGGCAUCACAAAGGGCCAAGACAACUUUCCCGGCGGCACCCUGCGCUGCCACUGUUCUUCCGAUCCCGUCGAGGUCGAGCUGAAAGGCAACGUCCUUCACAAUCAUGUCUGCGGCUGUUCUCAGUGCUGGAGGCCCAAGGGCGCCCUCUUCUCCGUCGUGGCAGUCAUCCCAGGCGAGAAUGUGCGUGUCACCAAGAACGGACACAAACUCGCUGUGUUGGACGAGAAUGCCACCAUCUUGCGCACGGCGUGCAAGGAUUGUGGUGUCCAUAUGUACGGGCCGGUCGAAAAGGAUCACGCAUUCAAAGGAUUGAACUUCGUGCACGUCGACCUCAGCGACGCGAAGGGCUGGCAGGAGCCACAGUUUGCUGCGUUUGUGUCGAGCUUGAUUGAGCAGGGCUUCCCCCCAGAGAAGAUGGAUGAGGUGCGGAAGAGGUUGCGGGAUCUUGGAUUGGAGCCGUAUGAUGUGCUUAGUCCGCCGUUGAUGGAUGCUCUGGCAACCUUUGCGGCAGAAAAGGCGGGCAAGAGGGCCAAGCUUUGA